GGGAGGCGGGAGGCGGGAGCCAGCCAAGGUGGAGUGUGAGAAGGAGAGCCCGACCACCCUGCCCGCUGGUCUGUCUGUCCUUGGUGGUGCUAAGAAACUAGAAUGAACCGAAGCAUUCCUGUGGAGGUUGAUGAAUCAGAACCAUACCCAAGUCAGUUACUGAAACCAAUCCCAGACUACUCCCUGGAAGAGGAAUCAGAACCACGUGCUCCAAAUCUGACGAACAUGGCGCCCAACAGCUUGUCUGCGCCCCAAACCCCUCACUGUUCCUCGGGAGAAGUUUCUCAGGCUCAGCCACCCUUGAAACUUUCCAAUCACCUACGGCCUGUGUCGCAGCAGGUCACCUGCCUGCGUGCGAAAAUCUUGGAGGAGAGCGAAGACAGCUUCUGGAGGAGACACCCAGACCCAGGCAAAGAUUUUCCCUCGGGCUCCCCCGCAGCCAGCGAGCAGGAGCCGGAGUCUGUGGUUGGAGGCCUCCCUCUGGAGCAUCAGUUUUCAUUUAUGGAAAAACGGAAUCAAGGGCUAGGAUCUCAGCUUUCAGCAGCUUCUCCUGACACUGGCCAUGACUCAGACAAAUCAGACCGAAGUUUACCUAAUGCCUCAGCAGACUCCCCCAGCCGGAGCCAAGAGACGGUGCAACAGCCCCAGCCCCACAGGAACCGGGCAGCUCCAGAUCUGCCUACGACAGACACAGGAUAUGAUUCCCAGCCCCUGGAUGUCCUGGGCCUCAGGCAGCUGGAAAGGCCCCUGCCCCUCACCUCCACGUGUUACCCCCAGGACCUCCCCAGACCACUCAGCUCCAGAGAGUUCCCUCAGUUUGAACCUCAGAGGAUCCCAGUGUGUGCACAGAGGCUGCCUCCCGUCCUUCCCCCACACACUCAGUGGAACUGUCAUUACCAUUGUCCCAGAGGUCCCUAUCACCAGGUGCCAUGUGGCCACAACCACCCCCGAGCAGCCUACCACCAAGUGGUCCAGCCCAUCCCUGGAGCCAGUGUGAGGGGCCCGAGGCCUGUACAGAAGGUCGUCCUGAACUACCCCAGCCCCUGGGACCAAGACCAGAGGCCCGCACAAAGAGACCACUCCUCCCCGGGGCUCCCGAGGGACCAACUAUAUAACCAGCCACCUCAUCGAGCCGGAGUUCCUGAGGAGUCUUUGGAGUGUCCUGCAGAACUGAGACCACUGGGUCCCCAGGCUCCGUCCCCAGCUGCUGUCCCUAGACCCCUUAGUAACCUUCCAGCCAGAGGAACUCUGAAAACAAGCAAUUUGCCAGAAGAGUUACGGAAAGUCUUCAUCACCUAUUCUAUGGACACAGCCAUGGAGGUGGUGAAAUUCGUGAACUUCCUCUUGGUAAAUGGCUUCCAAACUGCAAUUGACAUAUUUGAGGAUAGAAUCCGAGGCAUUGAUAUCAUUAAGUGGAUGGAACGCUACCUUAGAGAUAAGACAGUGAUGAUAAUUGUAGCAAUCAGCCCCAAAUACAAACAGGAUGUGGAAGGUGCCGAGUCGCAGCUGGACGAGGACGAGCACGGCUUACACACUAAGUACAUUCAUCGCAUGAUGCAGAUCGAGUUCAUCAAACAAGGAAGCAUGAAUUUCAGAUUCAUCCCCGUGCUCUUCCCAAAUGCUAAGAAGGAGCACGUGCCCACCUGGCUUCAGAACACUCACGUCUACAGCUGGCCCAAGAAUAAGAAAAACAUCCUGCUGCGGCUGCUCAGGGAAGAGGAGUACAUAGCCCCUCCCCGGGGGCCCCUGCCCACGCUUCAGGUGGUGCCCCUGUGACCCCUCCGUGCCCAGAGCCCUGGGGUUGUGCCGGUGGGGGCGGCGGAGGGGCGGAUCCUGUUCCGACAACACGUCCCCUCGAGGUCCCUCUCAGAGGACCCCUCCCCACCCCGGAAGACCAGUCCUGCAGACCCCUCUUCCCAUGGAGACCUCCACAGACCCUGCCUUUCAGAAAGAGGCAGUGGCUGCUCUGUAGUCCCUACAUCUGCCCCCC